UCAUUCCACCCGACUUUAAACAAUUUCUACUAUUAUAUCCAUUAGGUAUAACAUAAAAAAUGCUAUUUUUGACUAUAAAAAAUGUAUCUUUCAACAGGACGCAAUGUUGCGACUUAUGCAACCCUCGCCCAACCUUCCGACUGAUCAUCCUCUCUUAGCCUACCAGUAUUGCGAAAGUGACAAAUGGUCGUCUUCGGAAACUGAACAGUUUCACAAAUCUCUGCUCAAAUAUGAUAAGGAUUUUCGCAGUAUUGCUCAAGAGAUUCGAACGAAAACGAUAAAGCAAUGUGUGCAAUUUUACUAUGUUUGGAAAAAAGUUUGUGCUGAUGAGUAUCGUCGAAUUAAACAAAUGAGGGAACGAAGAUAUAGCCACCUGAGAAAUUCGGAAUCAGAAAUGGAUGAAAAGCUUUACGCAGAUGCAAAGUUACUGGGGAUUGCUGAUAGUGGAUCUCCCAUGCCUGUGCAAGAAACGCGAAAUUUUGUCUGUGAAUUUGCAGACUGUUCUGCUAGUUUCAACUCUCGAGCAGCGCUGAACGGGCACAUACGGAUUCACGGCGGCACCGCACGUAAUUCUCCCACGCCUUCAUCGACGACAUCGGAAAGGAGAGUGGUGACGGUACUGCCGACGAACCCGAGCGUAUGUCACCCCGAUUCGACGGACGAGUACCCCUGUAAGAUAUGCGGGAAGUAAGUGUACACGAUUCGUCCUAAAAAGAGUGUUCACAAAAAUCAAAAGCCGUAGUGCUCACAUGAAAUCACAUCGACCCCCCGACGCCGAACCUGUGAAAAGAAAAGAAAAAGAUCCCCCCUCAUCCACCAGCUAUGAACUUUCCGUGCCAAGCCCGUUUAGUACUUAGUCGUAGAUCGAAUUUUUAUCAUUCUCAAAUAUUUAAAAUCAACAAAUAAAUCAAAAGCAGGUAAAGGGCAAUCAAAAAUUAAUAACAGUACGAGUCAGAUCAAAACGAAACAUCUCACAUUUUUUGAACAAAAGACAUGUUUGUUACUCAAAAGUUAGAGAGCGUAGGUAAAAAAUUAUAGGUAGAGUAGUAGUGUACAAAUUACAAACCACAUAUUACAGAGAUUUAUAUUUAAUAUUAAAUAGGGGUUGUGUUGCGUUACGUUAACGUAACGUUAGUGCCUUUCGAAUGUCGAGUGAGACACUAUUCAAAAAUGCAUCAUUGUAAUCAUCAACAUCACCAUUAGAGAUCUGGAAUAAAGAAGUUUGUGCUCAGAAAAAAGAAGGAAUAUGCCCAAAAUCUUAGUUACCUCGGAAAAAACAUAUGAGUAUCCACUUGAUAAGGUAUAGGUGAUAGAUGUUUUCUAACCUAAAAUUAACCCAAUAGUCUUUAUGAAAUGCCAAGAAUUCUGAAUGAACCUACCGUAGCCUUUUCUCGAUUAUUUGUUUCUAUCUUUAUCUGGAAAUAAUAAUGUCAAAGUGAAGAGAACGUUAAAAACGUGUCAGUUUUCUUGCCUCCCGUUUCUUACCAAAAAUCUACUCUUAGAUAACCAGGUUUUUUUGUUGGUUUGGUUACAUGUAUCUGUUCAUUACGAACCAUUAUUCUCAAAAACCUGUGUUUUAUAUCAGUAUGUAACUUCUUUCUAGAGUAUGAAUUUUUCUCAGUAAUCUGUAGCUUUCCAUCUACUGUUUUCCUAUCUUUUAUCUCUUCCGCGGUUUUACACCCUAGGUCAUUUUGUGGUAUCAAUCUUUUUCCAUUACCAUUGUUUUCAUAUUUACUUGUUUCGAAGCUUUGCUACAUAUUUCUAUGCCUAUAGGUUUCCAUUUCAAAUUUCCUCAGCCUCACUCGCAUUGGCUUACCACAAUUCUGUCGUUGCUAUCAUUUUCAUUUUCUAAUAUUCUUUUCGCUCGUAUUUAUUCUAAUUCUUCAUUACUUCUUCAGGAGUAUGGUAAACAUUAAGCUGUUGAAAGUGCAUCCCUAUUUUACUCUUAAGGUUUUCGUAUUGGAUAUUUCCAAAUGUGUUUUCACAUACUUAUAUAUAAUUUCAAUUUUGACAAUGGUCUAUUCGAAAUUGAAUCCAAUACUAAAUAGCAAAUUUCCAAUCUCGUUACUUUGAAUAAUCGACGAGGAUGAUACCUACAAUAGGUUUAUUCAAUUGAAGUUAUGUUGACUCAAUUCACUUUUGAUGGGCAACAAUUGAGAAAUUGAGGAACUGGAUUUAUGGUGUAUUCUUGAAAUAUCAUUUUCCGAACUGUUUGAGCAAUAGAUCUGAACUCAAAGUGUUAAUCAAAUAUCAAAAACGGCCAUAAAUAAUUUAUUGUAAUGAACUAUACGUAUUAUAUAACUAAAGCAAAACUAUGAACUUGUCUGAAUUUAACUUGCAAAAAAAUACACUUAGUGGAUUUGCUCAAAAAAGUGAGUAUUUUAACUUUUCUUUGUAUUAUUAACAACUUAGACAUUAGAUGAAUUGGUAAAUAUAUAAGAUAUUAUUUUAAAUAAACUGCUACUAAUACUAUUCAUAUAUUAACUUAAUCUUAAAUAGGAAAUGGUUAUAUUUGGCCCUUAGAAUAUUCUUAUAAAAAUUAGGAGAAAUUGUAUGACUAUGAAUGUAUGAUCAAACAUGUGCCAUAAAGGAAAAUUUGAGACAAGUCCACUGUUUUGUGAUUUUUUUAACUCAAAAGUACCGCACGUGCUCAAAGCACGGAGGUACUCUUAACUCUGUGUUGUGAUCUUUUUGAAAGUCUAUUACUAUGAAUCUAUCUAUAUUAAUACUUGAUAUAAUAAAAUGAAUAUUUGUACAUGUUACUAUAUGUAUGAUAUUAGAAUUAAAUUUUAGAGGUCUGCGCACAGCUGGGAGUUGAUCGAGAUUUCCAUUAAGAAAAUGACAAUCCACUUUAAUUUAUUUAUGUAUUUAUGUAUCGGUGUUUUUAUUAUGUGUCUGAAAGACAUUAAACUUAGGUUAAGUGCUUAUCUUCUAGAAAUAUCACUGUUAAAUGUUUUGAACAUGCUGUAUGUUUUCUUGAGCUCACUGAAGUGUUAGAUGUAGGUUAAGUACACUAAGAUCGCUCCAGCUCGUGGCAGACCACCAGACUGGGCCAGAUUUUUGGUAGUCUAGGUAUCAGGUGCUCAGAUCUAUCAAUUAAUUGUUGUUAUUCAAUGUACCUCUUGAGAACUGACGGUUGUUUUUUAAAUGUUAGCUGGGAUAUAUGUGCUUUCUAUAAACUGUUAAACUCGUAUUCGACAAAGCUGACAUCUUUGUAAAAAUUUUAAACUCAUAUAUUAACAUUACAUUAUGGGUAAGGCACUUUAAGAAACAGCAGAGUCGUAUAAUCAUGCAUAUAAAAACUAAGUGGUUGCUCUGUCGCUGAUGGACUCCAAAACACACAAUUUUAUUAUUAAUAUGUUUCUUUCCAUUCACAGUCGGCUAAUGAAAACACUGAGUGACAUAAAGUUCAAAAACGAUGUUUUUGUUCAAAAUAACAUAUAAGGUAAUAUAAUGUGAAUAUCAGUUACAACAGAAAGUAGAGAUAUUAUCUUGUAAGACCAUUUGACAGUCAUCUGAACAUAAUGAAUAUAACGAUAUCUAGUCAAAGAAAAUUGAGGACCCACAUAGAAUUGAAGACAUAUACCGUAUAGAAGCAAAACAAAGCAGAUCAUUUGCUGAAUUAUAAACAUACAUGAUAGAAAUUAAAAGUUGUAAAUUGCUACUAUUUCAUAACAUAUUUCCAUAUUACAUCAAUGCAAUAUCAAAAAUUACAACUUCAUAAAGCAGAAUAUUACUGGAGUUUUAUCCCAACACCAAACCGAUAUUUUUAAC